UAGCAGUGAAACUUCAUUCACUGCUUUGUUAUCAUUGUCGCGGUGCAGUUUCUGGAUUAACUCAGCUGCAGUUGCUACUGUGUCCGGUCUACUCACUGUCAUCAUGCGAGUCUUCACCUGAUCUGAACAGAAUUACAGCGUCUGUUGUGGAGGAUACUUGGUUUCCGUCUGUCUGUCUGUGUGUCUGACACUUUCUGACUUCAAUGCUAUACACAGAAACGAUGAACAAAAACGGAAUGAUGACAAAAAUCCAUACGAGGAUAAGAAGUGACCCGUUCACUGCCUGCUAUGAUUUGGUUGGCAAAGAGCUUGGAAGGGGAAAGUUUGCGGUUGUAAAGAAGUGCAUUGAGAAGGCAACGGGGAAGCAGUACGCCGCCAAGUUCCUGCGAAAGCGACGGAAGGGCGAGGACUGCCGCAUGGACAUCUUGAAUGAGAUUUCUGUUCUGGAGACGGCCAAGGCAAACCCAUAUGUGGUGGCGCUGCAUGAGGUCUACGAAACCAACACUGAAAUCAUCCUAGUUCUGGAGUGUGCCGCCGGCGGUGAAAUCUUUAACCAAUGUGUCGCCGACAACGCCGAAGACGCCUUCACAGAAAAAGACGUGAUCCGGUUGGCCAGGCAGAUCCUGUCCGGAGUGGCCUUCCUGCAUCGUAACAACGUGGUGCACCUGGAUCUGAAGCCUCAGAACAUUUUGCUGACCAGCGUCAGACCUCUGGGGGACAUCCGUAUCGUGGACUUCGGCCUGUCCAGACGGAUGGACAACAUCACGGAGGUCAGGGAGAUCCUGGGUACACCGGAGUAUGUGGCGCCAGAGAUCCUGAACUAUGAACCCAUCAGCACCGCGACUGACAUGUGGAGUAUCGGGGUUUUAACCUACGUCAUGCUGACCGGCGAGUCUCCCUUCCUGGGUGACGACAAACAGGAGACAUUUUUGAACAUCUCCCAGGUCAACGUAGACUACUCAGAAGACACGUUUGAAGGCGUUUCCUCCCUGGCUGUAGACUUCCUCAAGUCCUUGUUGGUGAAAAACCCCAGGCUGAACCCACUCUCUCACCCCCACUCCCACCUGCACCUCCACGCCAGCUCCUCUUUGGACGAGCCAGAAACCAGUCAGUCUGAAUCGGAGCCCGAGAGCCCGGCUCCGUCCCCGGAGCUGGACUUGAUCGGCUCGUACCUGUCGUGUCCGGGCCAGAGCGGGUUGAAGGCGGGCCGCGACACGUUCUCCUUCACUGAGCCACCGUUCCCCACGCGGCCUGAGAUCCAGCAGGAGGUGCUUUGCUAAAAAAAAAAAAAAAAAAAGACGACUCUCUGUUGGGGGGGGUUGUCUCCCAAGAAUGAACUCAAUGGGAGGUCAACUGAAAGCCUUUCGCUUCUCAGUCCGACCUGGGCCGGCGCCACGCUCCAUGGACACUGUAUGUCUGCUGCUGGCUGCUUCAACUGCUGUGAUGCCUUCAAACUGAGCUGAGUGUAGUUGAAUACCCGUGAGUGUGUGUGUGUGUUUGUUUGUUUCGGAUCGUCUGUGAGAAUCAAACUUGCUGUUGCUGUUCACCGAUGUGGACGAAGGCGCACAUGGCACGUGGGUUGGCUCCGGGGACCGCACCGCUGCCUUAAAAAAGUGACAAAACCCCAGGACUCCCGAGACUGAAGGUCACGACCCCACACGCACACACUGUCCCGUUUUCUCUCUUCACCCAAUUAGCCUUUCUGAGGAGGAGAGGCAGCCUCCUUCCUCCUUGGGAAAUGACUUCACCCUUCUGUGUGCUCUCAUCAAAACAUGUUAUGCUUCUGCUGACCCAGACGUACCUCCUGUGAUGAGUUUCGGCCAAGGAAGUGAAGGGUUUCGACAGGUGGUUCUGCUUAACCAAUGAAUUAAAGCGGCGCGGACCCUACCACACUGAGGCCCCCAUGUUCACUUCUCCAAACUGUUUGUUAUACUUAUUUAUGUGUAUAGUUCAACCACUCCGUCCCCCCCCCCGCCCAAAGCCACUUUGAUGUUCGACUCUGAAAUCAACAUGACGGAUAGAAUUUACUUUGAAAGGACAAUCGAGCACUUUUUUUGUUAAUGGACUUCUGCGCAAAAGUGAAGAAGUGAGAAUAAAAAAAAAAACCCCAACAACAACAACAACCAAAGGUUUAUAUGCAGCACCGUCGCCUGUCACAAUGUACUGUAAUUACUGAGCGUCAGCUUCACCUUCCACUGUUUUGUCACAACGCAGGUUUUGUCCUAUUUUGUCAACGUCAAAUCUCUGGUCCGUGGUCGUGCUAUUAUGUUAGAUUUUGCACAAGUUGCACACUUUUUUUUUUUUAAUUUAACCACAAUUCACUGAGGUUCAGAUCCUUCCACACCAGCGAUGUUCAGAGAGACGAGCAGAUCUUUAGAGCAAUUCUAGUACAGCUGUGCCGCGGACCUACAGGAUGCAGAUGUUAUUAGAUUUCAUUUGUACACUUCCGAUAAACGUCGAAGUGUAAUACGUAUUAAAGAGUGUGUAUAAAUGAGUCUUUUAAGGGACAAGAAAAAAAACAACUGUUUUUUUUCCUAAUUUUCAGGUGAAUACUGUUUAAUGAAUCUGUUCAUGUUGCUAUUGGUGAAAAAAAAACAGAAAUGAAGAACCCAUGGAUAUUUGUAAAAUAUUUGCCUUCAGAUGUCUGGGACAAAUGCAUAGUUUCUCAAAAGUACUGAAAUGUGUAUUGUAAGGUAGUAUUAGAUACGAUAUGUAAGGAUAUUUGUCGUUGUUUUUUAAUGUGUGUGUGUGUUUUUUUUGUUACUGUUUUUUUUUUAUUGUCAUUAAACACGGAGUCUUGUUUUGUACAUUAACUUUAACUGGUUGGUUUCUGCUUCUGAAUUUCAGGCAGGUUUGCACUUGUCCUCGUGGACUCUGUUUAGUUGGAGAUAUGCUAAUGGCAUGCAUUGCAACAUGUUACUAAGGAAAAUAAAUAUACAUGUGCGUUUUGUAUCUGA